AUGUCCUUGCUCUCGCCAGGAGAUGAAGAUGAACCAGAGCGUUUUGACGGUCUUUCUCUCUUAUACUGGACUAUUAUGGGCCCUCAUGGAAUCAAUCGAGCUGUUCACCGCCUUUCUUUUUCUGAUUGUCAGAAUGGAUUAGGAGUUAAAAUUAUUGGUGGUUAUCGGGCACAAACAGCAGAAGAUUAUGGGAUUUUCAUAAAGAGAAUUCUACCUGGAGGAGUUGCUGCUGUAGAUAGCCGUUUGCUCACUGGUGACCUAAUUUUGGAUGUCAAUGGAGAAAACUUAAUUGGAGUAACCAAUGAAAGGGCAGUUGACAUCUUGCGAACAGCGUCAGCAUCUAAUCACAUGUCUCUGCUGGUCGCCAGAGAUGAAGAAGCAAAGAAAGAAUUUCAUGACCUGAUGGAUAAGUAUGGCUCUCACAGUGACACCAACUCUGCAAGAAGUUCUCCAACACAACUGCUAGCUGCAAAAUCUAUAGACAGCUCUUCUUCGGGCUCAUCCUCAAGGUCACAGAGUCCGCAGCUGCAUCCGAAGGAUAAUAUCACAACCAUCAGCGGAAAUAAUUCUGUCCCAGCACCAUCCCCAAAACUUGCAAAGGAUAGUGCAUUUCAGAUUAUCUCUGUGUGCAAAGGAACAAGCCUGGGUUUGAAUAUUGUAGGAGGAAUUAACAGAAAUGAAGGGCCUUUGGUAUAUAUCCAAGAAAUUAUCCCUGGUGGUGACUGUCAUAAGGAUGGACGAUUGAAGCCUGGAGAUCAGCUUGUAUCCAUAAACAAAGAGUCAAUGAUUGGUGUCUCCUAUGAAGAGGCAAAGAGUAUAAUCAACAGAACAAAGAUGAGGUUUGAAAGUUUUUGGGAGAUAGCUUUUAUUAGACAAAAAAAUGUUCCCAGUUAUUCAGAGAAUCUGCAACGUCCGUCCAGUCUCUUAACAUCUUCUGUAGCAUAUGGAGAGCAACAGGCAGCAGUACCUAGUCCUGGUGCAUCUCCUAAUGGGAAGCUGGUUUCAAUGUUCACUCCAAACACU